UUCAACAUGGCGGCGUCCUGCUGCUGCAACUUAUUUUUCUUCUAAAAACUGUGCAUUGAAAACUCCCACAAAUCUCCAACAGGUCAAAAAACAUGAGAAAUUAUUAUUAUUAUGGACAGUUGCUUUGUAGAAUAUAGAAUGGCCGAAAGUUGCAGGGAUUCAUUUAAAGCAGAGAAACAAAAUGAAUACCUGGAGGAUGUAAACAAGGACUCGGUCCAGAGUGAAACGUCCGCAUCUGGUUCCCUUAACGCAAAAAACAAUCAUGGUGAGAUCAGUUCAGAGACGUGCAAGGAGCAAAAGCAUUACUGCUCGCUGUGUGGUAAGAGCUUUACUCGAAAGGGCCAUCUGAAGCAACACCAUCUGAUCCACACCGGAGAAAAGCCUCAUCGGUGCCCGCAGUGCGGGAAAACAUUUUCUCAGCAGAGCAAUCUUAAAAACCACCAGCGCACUCAUAGCAGGGAGAAGCCGUACAAGUGCUCGCAGUGCGGGAAGAGUUUCACGCUGCAGAGCACGUUCAAAAACCACCAACGCAUCCAUACGGGGGAGAAGCCGUAUCACUGCCAGGAGUGCGGGAAGAGCUUCACGCUACAAAGCACUUUUAACAACCACCGCCGCAUCCACUCCGGAGAGAAGCCGUUCUACUGCGCGCGGUGUGGGAAACGUUUCACGCGUCACAGCACGUUCAAAAACCAUCAGCGCGUUCACACCGGAGAGAAGCCGUACCUCUGCUCGCAAUGCGGCAAGAGUUUCACGCUCCGUAGCAGUUUACAAAACCACCAGCACGUUCAUAACGGGAAGCUCCACCAAUGCUCGCAAUGUGGGAAGAGUUUUUCCCAAUAUAGCACUCUGAAACACCACCAGCUUACCCAUGCGGUAAAAAAAACGCAUUCUUGCUCACAUUGCGGGAUGAGUUUCCAACAACUGAGCCGUUUCCAAACGCAUCAGCGCGUUCACACGAGAGAAGGGACGCACCACCGCUCCCAAUGUGGGAAGAGUUUCCGGAAAUCGAGCACCCUCAAAACACAUCAGCGCACUCACACUGGAGAGAAGCCACAUUCCUGCUCGCAGUGCGAAAAGAGCUUUACGGAAUACAGAGCUUUCGAAAAGCACCAGUGUGUUCACACUGAGCACAAGCGUUACCACUGCUCACUGUGUAGGACGAGCUUUACACAACACGCCGGAGCUAAACCGCACUACUGCUCCGAGUGUGUGAAACGUUUCUGUGUCGGCGUAAUUAAAAAAUAAUCUUUUUUUUUGGGCUUUGCAACAUCGAAAAUACAGAAAAAAAUACGCACUCUAACAGGUGAACCCUGGUGACCGCUAGUGGAAAUAAGGCAUCUCACAAGGCGAGAGUUUUGUACAUCCUCGCAGCGUCCCAACGUAUCGUACGCUGCUACUUUUGCCUCCCGUGCAUAAUUCUAAUAUUUCCCCAAUUUUGCCGUAUCGCUUUCAUCAUCAUAAAAUAGUAAAAUCCUAAUCCGAACUACCGGGGGACUAACUGUACACAACAAAGUGUAAACCUUAUGAAGGCUUUCUGCUGAAGAGCAGUACCUGAUGUGUCCUUGAUCUUCAGACCCAGCUUCUCAGUGGUGGUCUUGAUUUGAGUGACAUGCUCGGUCCUGGAUAUUUGAGUUUAACACUCUUGAAUAGUCUUUCCUGAGGUCAAAUUUGUGUUAAAUGUUGGCAAACAUGCAUUUUAUAGAACAGCAAGUACUUACAUUUGUGGCAUUUAGCAGUACAAAAGUGCUUUUCAAGUCUCUACCUAUGAAUACAUCAACACUGGGUUAUGAGGUUGCAGACUAAGGAAACAAUCAGCCCAAAAGUUAAGAGGAAUUAUAGCACUUUUUUAUAUACAUAUAACAAACAGGGAUGAUAAACUAGUUAACAAGUUUAAGGAAGAGGUAAGUCUUCACCCAUCGUUUGAGGAUGGAAGCCAUUGACUCAUCUGUACGGACAUCUAAUGGAACUUCAUUUCACCACCUCGGUGCCAAAACAGAAGAGAGUCAUGAUGUUACUUGACCUACCUCUUACCAUUCAGGAUCACAGGGAACCUGCGUCUUAAAAUGGCAAUAAAAUGUGUCAAACAUAUGAACUGUGUUAAAAAAAGAAAUAAUGCAACAUAAAUACAAACUCUUUGAAUAGUUUGUUAUAUUUAUACUACAUGCACUGCAGGCUGUCAUUGUUUCUUGCAUUGCAUCAUGAUCUGCUUUAUUAUCAGGAAUCAUUUACUAAAGAGGAAAUGACAAGGAACAAAUAAACAGCACUUGAUCAGAAUGUGUUAUGUCAGUUAUUCAGUGAUCAUUUUUUGAUUUUGAGACCGUGUGUACCGUAUUAAACCGAUAUCACUCA